AAAAUACAAAUUCGGUUUGUGGCGACCAUGUACCGAGCAUCCGCCAAGGUCAGCUCGGCGCACAACGAUGGCAUCUGGAGCACGGUCUGGACGAGCCGCAACCAGAUUCUGAGCGGGUCCGUCGACGAGGUCGUCAAGAGCUGGGACGCCAGCAGCACCGAGGACAAUGCGAUCUUGCCGGUCGUCAAGCAGUUCCCGGGCCACGUGCUGGGCACGCUCGGCGUCGCCGCGACCAAGGACGGCCGUCGCGCCGCCACGUCGUCGCUCGACUGCCAAGUGCGCAUCCUCAACCUCGAGACGGGUGGCAUUGAAAAGACCAUCGACACGGGCGCUGGCGAAACGUGGCAGGUCGCCUACUCGCCGGACGGUGCGUUCGUCGCGACGGGCUCGCAGCAGGGCAAGAUCAACAUCAUCAACGUCGCGGACGAAAAGGUCGUGCAGUCGAUUGUCGUCGAAGAAGAAAAGCCCGCGAAAGCGUCGUCGUCGUCCGAUGCCAAGGGCAAAUUUGUGCUCUCGGUCGCCUACUCGCCCGACGGCAAGCACUUGGCGUGCUCGACCUUUGAUGGCCUCGUGGCCAUCUACGACGUCGAGUCGGGCAAGCAGCUGCAAGCGUACCAAGAUCGGACCAAGCCCGUGCGCUCGAUCGCGUACAGCCCCGACGGCAGCUUCCUCCUCGCCGCCUCGGACGACAUGCACGUCAAUAUUUACGAUGUCGCCCACAGCAGCAUGGUCGCGUCGGUCGCUGGCCACAUUUCGUGGGUCCUCGGCGUCGCUUGCAGUCCCGAUGGCAAGCACUUUGCGACUGGCGGCGGCGACCGCAAGGUCAAGAUCUGGGACCUCGCGGCCAAGAGCUGCCUCUACACCUUCGAGUGCCACACGGACCAAGUGUGGAGCGUCGCGUACAACGAGACAGGCUCCCGCCUCGUCUCGGGCGGCGACGACGCGCUGCUGCAGCUCUACGAAGUGUCGACGGCGUAAGCAACCGCCAAUAGGAAGAAUAUUCUUUGCGCGUUC